AUGGCCGGAUCUGCUCUCUCCCUGCUCGGAUCUGUGGGUGGCGGGUCAGGUUCGGUGGCAGCAGGCCUGCGGCCGAGCGGUGCGUGCCCAUGGCCGGCUGGCGUUCGCGCGGGUGCGGGCAACCUGGACAGUGGCUCGCGGCGACCUGGCAAUGCCCGCGGCGGCCUGGCAGUGCGCGCUGGCGGGCGUUGCCAGCGAUGGCCAGCGUGGAAAGGCGACGGCCGGCGCCCCCAACCCGCCGGCUGCGUGUGGAAGGAUGAUGUUUCUGAAGAGGCCCUGCUAAAGAAGAGCAGGCAGGCAAGCCCCAUUGCCCCCAAGAAAGGCAAUAAGGCCUCAGGUAGCCAGAAUCAAGACAUGAAGAAUGAGGGUGUGCAGCAGGAUCCAGGGCAGGACCAGAUGGAGGAAUGA